ACCGAAAUGCUUGAUAUGGUUCAUUUGUCCCCAAAACAGAUCGGAACCCGCCGAGGCGAGCCCCUUCUUCCGCCGGAUUCGACUCCAAUCUCCAUAGUUUCUGGUUUGACCUUUAGUGUAGGGGAGACAUAAUUCUGUUAGAAAGUUUAACCUGAGUCGAUUUAUCGGUUGACAGACAGAGAAACACAAUCUACACUUAGUGUUUAGUUGGAAGGAGCAAUGCCAUCACAGAAGAUUGAGACGGGUCAUCAAGACACCGUUCAUGAUGUGGUCAUGGAUUACUACGGCAAGCGUCUCGCUACGGCGUCUUCUGAUACUACCAUCAAGAUCAUUGGUGUGAGCACCUCAGCAUCACAGCAUCUUGCCACUCUGAGUGGUCAUCAAGGCCCUGUGUGGCAGGUUGCAUGGGCUCACCCCAAGUUCGGCUCCAUCCUUGCUUCUUGUUCCUAUGAUGGGCGAGUAAUAAUUUGGAAAGAGGGCAACCAGAAUGAGUGGACUCAAGCCCAUGUCUUUGAUGAUCACAAAGCCUCCGUCAAUUCCAUUGCAUGGGCUCCUCAUGAACUUGGUCUCUGUUUGGCCUGUGGAUCAUCUGAUGGAAACAUAUCGGUCUUCACUGCCAGGGCUGAUGGUGGUUGGGACACUACAAGGAUUGACCAAGCUCAUCUCGUUGGUGUCACUUCAGUUUCAUGGGCUCCAUCAACAGCUCCUGGAGGUCUUGUUGGACCUGGCAUUCUCGAGCCUGUUCAGAAGCUUGUCUCCGGUGGCUGUGAUAAUACUGUGAAGAUUUGGAAGCUGCAGAACGGAAGUUGGAAGAUGGAUUGCUUCCCUGCCCUUCAGAUGCACACUGAUUGGGUGCGGGAUGUGGCUUGGGCACCCAACUUGGGGCUUCCGAAGUCUACCAUUGCCAGUGCUUCACAGGAUGGGACUGUAGUCAUAUGGACUGUGGCGAGAGAAGGGGAAAAAUGGGAGGGUAAGGUUUUGAAAGAUUUUAAGACCCCAGUUUGGAGAGUCUCCUGGUCAUUGACUGGAAACAUAUUGGCCGUGUCUGAUGGGAAUAACAAUGUAACAUUGUGGAAAGAGGCAGUUGAUGGAGAAUGGCAACAGGUGACAACAGUUGAACCAUAGAAUUCAGCUUUUUCAGUUUUUCUCUUGCAUUACUAUACCAUGCUUUAGGUUUCCUCUUCCACUCUGUUGGCAAGAGCUUUCUCCUUUUUUCUUUUUUCCGUUUUCUUUCAUUCUCACUUUCUUGAGUGUAGUGAGCCAAAUACUUCUAUGUAAUUGUGUUGUUUUUAUAGUUGCUUCUACCUACUUUAGGAGUGAAAGAAAUGACGGUUGAGGUCACAAACCCUUUUUAUUGGAUUUGUGAAAUCGUCUUCCUGAUGUGUGUGGCUAUACUAGUUCUUCGUUUCAUCUCUUCAACUUGGUUGUGCAUGCUUUUA